CUCACCCCUCCCAAGAUGGCGGCUCGGCCCCACCUCAUCCCUCCCAAGAUGGCGGCCGCAGGGGCGGGCCGUGCUCCCAUGGUGCCCCGCGCGCCGUGCGCUGAGCUGCGGCUGAGUCAGCUCGCGCCGCGCUCCCGCGGCAAGAUGGCGGCCGAGGCGGAUUCCUGGGACGCCGACACCUUCGAGGUGGUGGAGCCGGUGGCGAAGCGGUUGGUGCCGGGGGUGGCCGGAGAUCGCUGGGCCGGAGAGGACGAGGACGACGACGUGAAGGAUAACUGGGAUGAUGAGGAGGAAGAGGAGGAAGUCAAGGAGACGGAGGUGAAACAAGAGCCCAAAGUGUCAGAAAAAAAGAAAAUAGCAGAAAAGAUAAAAGAAAAAGAAAAACAACAGAAGAAAAAGCAAGAGGAGCUGAAAAAAAGGUUAGAGGCUCCAGAGGAACAUAAAGAACUUACACCAGAAGAACAGUUAGCAGACAAACUACGACUAAAGAAAUUGCAAGAGGAGUCAGACCUGGAGUUAGCAAAAGAAACGUUUGGUGUAAAUAACACUUGUGGAAUAGAUGCCAUGAAUCCCUCUUCAAAAGAUGACUUUACGGAAUUUGGCAAGCUACUAAAAGAGAAAAUCACGCAGUAUGAGAAGUCCUUACAUUACGCCAGCUUCUUGGAAGCGUUAGUUCGAGACGUUUGUAUUUCAUUGGAAAUUGAUGAUUUGAAGAAGAUCACGAAUUCAUUGACGGUACUAUGCAGUGAAAAACAGAAACAGGAGAAGCAGAGUAAAGCCAAAAAGAAGAAAAAAGGUGUUGUGCCUGGAGGUGGAUUAAAGGCUACUAUGAAAGAUGACCUGGCUGAUUAUGGAGGAUACGAUGGAGAAUACGUACAAGAGUUUGAAGACUUCAUGUGACAUUUAUCUCCCCUUCUGUUGUCUUUCUGUUGCCCAUAACCCCUUAAACAUGUAGCACAACUUCUCUUUCUUUAAAUUCUGCCAAAUGCUGUUAUCAAGGUUGCAGUCUCUGUGCUGGUGGCUCGGCGCGGCAGGCGGUGCCCAAGUGCUGCCCUCCCUGUUCUGUGCUCGAGGCGCUGGAAGGAAGCAGCUCAAAAGCUCCAAAAUUACAGGGGAAAAAAAAAAUAAAAGGAACAACCCAAAAACCCACAAACCCAAAUCACCGAAUUCUGCUCCCAGAAAUGGCUGUUUGAUUUCACAGACAGCCACCAAAUUGGAAAUGAAUUUCAAAGAGGCCGAGUAUUACCGGCCCUCUUGUACGACACGGCCUUAACUGAACCUCCUUGAAUGAGUUGUUUGAUGAGCAGACGCUGUUUGCAGCCAUGGGUGUGCACUUAGUAUUACAGUUGCUUUGUCUUAGAGCUUGAGGUUUUCAGUGUAUUGUGAAGGGGAACUGCUGACUUCAGGAGUGGGAGUCGCACGGCUGCACAGGGUGACGUCCACACAGCAGCGCUGGGAGAGAGCAGGGAAAGAGCUCCAGGUUUGGGAAAAACAAAACCAAAACUCACGCCAUGAUGGUGAGUUUCCAUUCGUCUGCAUUUCUGCCGGUGCCGCUGGCCGGGUCGGGCCCUUUAACAGUUACUGCCUGGUUUCGGUGUAAAAAACCAAACACGACUUUGGUCUCCUGGGCUGCGGUUGCUCUUUCAUGACUCGGCUAUUUUCUUUCAUUUAAAAACAAACAACUUGCUUAGCAAACUGCAGCAGUUACUACAGUGGGGCAAAUUGUUACGUUAACAAUUACGACAUCCGCAAUGUUUUAUAAAGCAACUAAUUUAAUAAAAAUCACUAUUGUGAGGACUUCA